AUGAAAGCGACAUUAGUUGCUUAGCAAACAACUAUUUUAUUAUUCUCAUGUAUAUGAUUCAUUCAAGUUCUCUUUUACCAAGUUUACCAUUGUACUUUUCAACGUCGAACGUGUCGGUCGUGUGUUAGCGAAGCGGGCGUGUUUUGGGCUCGUGUGGUCGAAUAAACCUUUGUAGGAAGAGUAUCGGUGGAAAAAAAAAACUUGAAUAGCAACUUUGGCAAGAUUUCUCUGAGUGAUUCGACUUUGUGCGGGUUUAUAGAGCAAAUUGAAAUAGAUUUUUUUCUUUAUAGUCAAAGAAAUUCACUCUUAUCAAUUUUCGACGAUCACUUGCAUAAGUUGGAAAAGCUACGGUUGUAUACGUCCAAUAAAAAAAAAGAGGAAAAACGAAUGAAUGUGAGUUGAUAUAUAUGCGGUUUCCGGAAUAUCGACAAAGCAAUUGCUAAAAGGAAACAAAUUUACCGUGAGUAAAAUCCAAUUGAUAAACAGUGAAUCAAAAAAUCGGAAAGCGCAAGGCUAAAGUAUUUAUGUUGAAAAGGCACGUGAAGAAAAUAGCAUACAGUGAAAGGCAAAUAAGUGGAACUAGUGCAGAGUCCCGAUAUAAUGAAAGUGCGAAAUGAAUCAAUGUGAGAAGUAAUCGCAUCGGCCAAUCCUACAUACGUCAGUUUCUAUGUGAUACAAAAAUGGAGCAAAACAAAUAGAAAAUUUGAUGAAGUUUCGAUUGAAUUAGUGCUCAACGAGUGGUGUACAUUCGGAAUACGGUCGUGCUGAAACAGAAAUUUGUUUGGUGUCUGACCGCAGAGAGUUUGCUCCUCGCAAAUUACUUCACAACGAUGGCCCGGCUAACCGAAGAAAUGGUUAUAGCUAGAUCUAAACAGUCGGAUUUAGCUGCAAUCAAAAAACUUAACUGCUGGGGAAGUGAACUCAGCGACGUUUCUAUCAUUCGGCGCAUGCGAGGAGUGGAGGUAUUAGCAUUCAGCGUCAAUCGGAUAAGCACAUUGGCAGAUUUCGAAAACUGCUUGAAUCUGCAAGAGUUAUAUCUCAGGAAAAAUAACCUCACCGAAAUAGACGAAUUGGUGUACCUUCAGAAUCUUCCGAAGCUGAAAUACCUCUGGUUGGAAGAGAACCCGUUAGUGGACACCGCUGGACCAAGCUAUCGACAAAUCGUUCUCCGUGCGUUGCCAAAUCUCAAAAAACUAGACAAUGUAGAUGUUACCCCCGAAGAAGUAGCUGAUGCAAUGCGAUCACCAAUCACUCAACAUCAAACGCGACAUGAAGCUUACGAGGAUACGGCAUCCCCUUCAAAUAAUCAACCGCAAUCUUCGCAGCACCAACCGUACCGGAAUCAGAGUCCUGUUAUCGAGCAACCGCAAUCAACAACACCAUCGUCAUCUGCGCCUAUGUUGCCAUCGCAACAGAUGAGUCCGGAAAACACCGAGUCGGAGUGCAUCAGUGAUCCGGCUGAUCGCAACUCCCUACCAUCUUCUCCAUUGCAGCGAAGUCCUUUGAAUCGAGACAGUUACUCUCCUCCACCACAAACUCCGCAUGCUCCGCACUACUCCAGUAAUCACCGAGGUCCUUAUCACCAAUAUGACAGAUCGCCUGGCUCGGAUCAAGAUAGUCCCAUCUCCGGCUACAGAGAAAGGGUUCCAAUAGCACCAAGUAUUUCAACACAUUCGAUGAAGGAAUAUUGUCAAUCCGACUAUCAGCGACAAAACCCUCCCGCACAUUAUCGUCACAGUCAGCUAGACCUGACGGAGUGGGACGAAAGCAGUCAGAAUCCGCAUCAUAUGAACAACAACAACGGACAUUCGUCGAACCACGCAAGCACCUAUCACCAUCCGCCACCUGCCCACCCGAAUCGACGCAGCAUUGGCGGAAAUAGUGAACGGGACCUGUAUCAAUAUCGCAAUGGUAACACUAAAGGUCCUGAUCCGCGAGAUGAAUGGGAAGAUGUGGACCGGCGGAGAAACGAAAACAGGCGCUCUGAUUCAAAAUUCAACGACAACGCUAGCGUCAUAUCCAAUGCUGUUUUGAAUCAUUUUGCCGGCGUUCAUCGGAGGCCUGUAAACAGGAAUUCCAACUUGCUAUCUGCCACACUUUGUUUAGUGAAGGAACUGGACUAUCCUAGUUUGGAGGUUGUUGAGCACGCAGUUCGCUGUCGUAUUGACGAGCUUGCUGAAUAAAGCAGCCUUUUGGAACGUCCUUGUUGGUUGUUAAAAUAUCAAUUUCGCACUCUAACAGCUUCAAUAUUCAACUAUGCAGCAUGAGAUCAAACUGUGGUAUUUUUUUGUUUUUCUUUAUAGAUAUUUAGUUAUUUGUUUACCGUCUCGAUACGUACUGCUUUAAAAAUUAUACAGCUGGUUAUAAACAUAAAUUCAAAUACUUUCUUAACUGUGGAAGCAGGGAACAGAAACGGCUCUGAGAUAUUAUAUAUUUGUAAUACAAUAUUUUCUGAUUACAAAAAACAAUAACUUAACUAAGUUGUGAUUCGUAAGAAGUGAAAAAAAAGACUUAAGCAUCCACAUCCAUGUCAGCAUGAGAAGUGAUGGAAAUAAACGAUAAUAGCCCAGAUAGAUCAAGAACAACAAUAUAAAAACAAAAAUCUGCCAAUUUCGUUAUCAAACAUAGUAAUAAAGUAACUGUUUUAUAAAACUAACACCUUCUAGGAAGACUCGUUUAAUAACUAGAAGUUGGUAUGCUUGUAAUAAUGAAUUCAAAAGCAGAGAGCACUGCCUCGCUGCCUUCUAGGUUCUUUUCUUAUCAGCUUUAGUGUAACGGAAUAGCAUUUUUAAAAUAUUUUGAAGCUUUGAAAUCAGUCCAAUGUGAGUACAAACGUAGAUGGAUGCAAUAAAUUGUAGGAACACAAUAUUGCAUAUCUCACGAAAGGUACGUUACGUUACGUAUUGUAUGUUGCGUUACGACUAUAAAUUAAACAAGAAAAUAGUGGGAUAAAAAGCGUGCAACAUUGCUUUCAAGUUUGUUUCGGACUAACGCGACACCUGUUCCUCAAGUUGUGCAAUUACGAAGAGUUAUGCAAAAUCGUCCAGAAUUAAUUUUAUUGUAUACUUAGUUUGCAAUAUCAAUAGUACCAGUUUCGUUAUUGCGAUUAUUGGAGUAAGAAAAGUUUUUAAUGUUGAGCAAUGUAGUUAGUAUGCAAAGUAAUUGCAAAUGUAUUUAAUACAAUUUAAUAAAUAACUACUAACAAA